AUCCCUUCCUGCUACAUAACGAAACGGGUCAAAAAUCCACUGUGGCUUUGUUUUUGUGCAGCGACCCUGGUUCGCGCAUUGCACAAGGUGGCCUUGAUCGCCGUGACGUACUGGAACUGGAGAUCGUCGCGGGAUCAUUGACCAAUUGCAUCAUCUCAGCCACAGCGGGGCACAUCGUCCUGUCCAACUCGAGACGACCUCCGUUCCGUCUUUCACUAAUUCGUCUGACAGAUCACCCGCUACUUCAAAACGUUAGCAAAUCCCAGAGAUGUCGGGCUGGUUCACUCUCUUCACGAACUGCCGCUAUGUCCUUGACGGCCAGCUUGUCGAAGACCACCUCGUUAUCUCCGACGAGACAGGCUUGAUUUUGAAAAGAGAAGGCUACAUUGGAGGCGAAGCUAUAGAUUUGGAUGACAACAUUGUCGCACCUGGUUUCUUGGAACUCCAUACAAAUGGUGCAAAUGGAUUCCAUUUUACGCAUUUCGAAGACGAGACGAGUUACUCAAAAAAGGUAGACGAUGUUGCAAGAUACUAUGCGACACAAGGUGUCACAGGCUUCUGGGCCACGGUUGCUACAGUCGAGGGGGAGAAGUUCCAGAAGAUCCUCCCUUCUCUCACACCCCGCUCAAUCUCCCAGUCUGCCUCCCUCCUCGGCGCCCACGCCGAGGGUCCCUACCUCCACCCCACCAAGAAAGGCGCCCACAACUCCUCCUUCUUCCAACCAUGCACCACACCCCCAUCCACCAUCUAUGGCACCACCAGUCUCGAAAGCAGUGUCAAACUCGUGACUCUCGCCCCCGAGCUCCUCUCCUCCACCGCACUAAUCCGCACCCUAACAUCAAGUGGCACAAAAGUCUCCCUAGGGCACUCCACUGCUACCUAUGCAGACGGCUUAUCCGCCGUGAAAGCCGGCGCAACAGGAAUAACCCACACCCUCAACGCCAUGGCUCCCUUCACGUCGCGCGAACCAGGUCUAGCAGGCUUGAUCUCUCUGCCAGAGACGCAUGUACCGCCCCCACCGUACUACACCAUCAUUGCAGACGGCCAGCAUCUGCAUCCCAACACCGUCUCACUACUCCACCGCGCGAACCCCAGACGCUCGAUCCUGGUAACGGAUAGCAUUGAGCUGGCGUCCAUGCCAGACGGGACGUACCCGGGACAUGCGCAGAUUCCGUUUGAGCAGACGAAGAGCGGGACAAGAGCGACGAUCGCGGGAACGGAUACGUUGAUUGGGGGGUGUAUUCCGCUGCAGCAGAGUGUGAGAAAUCUGAUGGAGUGGUCUGGGUGUGGUAUUGCGGAGGCGGUGGGGACGGUGACGGAGAACGUAGCCGGGUUUAUGGGUGUUGAUGGGGAGGGCGAGCGAGGUGUGUUGAGAGAAGGGAGGAGAGCGGACUUGACUGUGUUGAACGAGCAGGGUGAGGUUUUGCAGACGUGGGUUGCGGGGCAUAAAGUUUGGGAUAAGGAUGAGGAGAUUGCAGCAAGGGAGGAUGAUGGGGAGGCAAGAGGCUGAUAACUUGGGUGAUCUGGAUAGGGCAUAAAAAACCACGGUCUGCUCGGCUGAGGUGGUUGCUACAUUGAUCAUGACCCAGUAUCGCCAUCAUAUAUGGUCAUUAAAUAUAUCGAGAUUAUUUGUGGAUGUC